AUGGAUCGAAAGCCGAGGCGGAUUGCCCCGAACGACGCGACCCAAUCACACCUGUCAGCCGAUGCUCUUGAUUCAUUGGAAGCUUCACCGAUCAGGUUCAUUCCUUAUACCAUGCCACCACCUGCAAGAACAACAUCCACACGUGCUCCUCCACCCGUAACAACAUCCUCGCGUCCAUUGGAGACUGUUUUCAACACCACGGCUAUGCCCUUCCCUAUACCACCACCCAAUGCUCACGCCAACCCAUCACUACCGGCUCGAUUUCCAGUUGCCUUUUACAUGCCACCACAACCACAACCACCAGCAUCGCAACUUCCUCCACAGAGACCAGCGACCAAGAAGAGUAACGAUGAUGAUCUUAUUGUUAUCAGCAGCGACGAAGAGGGUGCUAUGAUAAGGAACAACAAAAGAUCACGUCCAAAGGGGAAGUCCAUGCAGGAUGCAAUCAAUCUUGACGACGAGGAAGAUGAUGUGGAUAUUUUGACAGUAUCACCUUCACCAGCUUCAGAUACACAACGACGAAGUGCAGCCAUCACCAUUGACGACGAUGAGGAAGAGCAGCAAACAAAACCACAGGAAGCACCUACUGCUGAACAAACAAAGGGACAGCGACAAGAUCAAUCUACAGCGACCCAACAGAAUUUAUCAUCUACAACGACACCAUCAUCAACGACACCAUCAUCAUCAACUCCAUCCAUAGCAACAUUAUAUGAAACGACACUUUCAGUGGAUCAAAACUCAUCAGCAUCAGCAUCAGCAUCAUCAUCGUCAUCCCCCAUGGACCUGGAAACAACAUCUUCAGAAGAACUUUACAAUGACGGCCAAAGCUCAAGGAAUGUUAGUGUCGAUAAGGCCGAGGAUUCUCUACGUGACAACCUAAGCGCUACUCCUAUCACUGAUACACGACCGCCAUCAGCCGAGAUACCAGAUACGCGUAUGAACCAGGAACCUCAAUACAACGCCAUCAAGCAAGAAGAGCAAACAGCGGCAGAAUUGACCACGACGCCUUUAUUACAACCUAAGCAAGAGGAAAAUAGGACUACAACAGACAACCUACCAACAUCAGCAGCUGAUCAACAAGAGGAUGAUGACAUGGAUAUGGAUGAAGAGCAAAGUGAUGAUCAUGAUGAAGAUGAGGAUGAUGAUUCUGUGGCAUCGGCUGAAUUACUUUUCGAAUCAACAACUUCUUCUCCAACCUCCACAUUGGAUAUUGAUUUGCUGUACGCAUUGAAUGCAUCAGAGAUGGACAACAAUAAUCAGCCUGAUUGGAGUGCUCUCGCCAACUUAUCGAUCCAAGAUAACAAUGAGACAACCAACAACAACAACAACAUGCCAACACUAGACGAGCUUACUUCGAGACCAAUUGCUACAGUCAUCUCUCUCAAGGACGAUGGGGAUGAUGAAAACAGGAUAUUGGAAAUGCUCUCUCAUAUCGAUGCCUAUGAUUUAUCACUUGAAUCUUUGUUGGAUAAAGCCAAUGCUACCAGCGCAUCUGUACAACCCACAUCAUCUGUUCGCAAUGGAUCAAAACGACGGAAGACAAACUCCACCAAUGGUCCACCUCCAGCCGUACCCAGAAAACCUUAUGUACCUACGCAAGUGUGGACUCAUACCACGUGGGAGGAUUGGGCACAACUCCAAGUAGGGGAUUGGUUACAUUGGCCCUUUGAGACUUGGGAAAUUCAGCGUAUACAGCGUGGCGUGGAUCAUUACAACAAGAAAAAGCUUCCAAUACACAACAUAAAACAAGAGGUUUGGCAGCUUUUGGCAGACCAGUUACCUGGGAGACGUCCUGAAGAUUGCAAACGAUAUUGGUGUGAUCAUGAAGCGGAUAUGAUUCAACCUUACAAUCAUCCUGUCAUCAUUGGAAAGGGAAAAGGGCGUUCUGAAAAGCCAUCCCAGUUCGAUUUGGUGGAAGGAUCAAAGGUCAACAAUCAUUUUCGUGUGGCUUCAGCAAGGAAGGUUCUUUGGUCAGAGCUCGAUUAUCAUGAUUCUUUUGGUGAUGGUAGCGCGGAUGCUAUUGCUCUUCAAGUGAUCAAAAGUAGUAGGCGACAACGAGGGGAUCGGCUCAAGGUGGUCGUGGCGUCAGCGUGUAAUGAUCAACCCGAAUACAACAUGCCAGGGAAUUUGAGAUUAUGGUCAGCAGAUACCAAAAAGAUCACACAACUACCUUUUCAUCGCACCGAGACUGCUCAAUCGGAUGGCACACAAUACAUGUGGCAUACGGUGACAGAUGUACGAGUAUCGGUUGAUCAACGAUUCAUUUAUUCUUCAUCACAUGACAAAUCAGCACGUGUAUGGGAUGCCAGGUCUGGCAAACUGCUUUCAACGCUAGUUUUCCAUGAAAAGCAAAUCCAUCAACUUGCAGUGUUGCCUGAUAGAUCGGAGCAUGUCCUUGCCAGUGGAUCAGCGGAUGGAACAGCCGUGAUUUGGCGUUUAAAAUCGGGUGGCAACGUGGGUUCAGGCACAGUGUGUGAUAUGGCAGCCAAGAUGCCAAUGGAAUCAAAAGACCGAGUCAGCAUCGACACGUUAGCCUUUGGAUUGGGACCUUCAGCUGGCAAGUUAUUCACAGGCGUUGCCACUGGAUUGACGGGUGCUGAGGAGCCUGCAGGAUUUGUACAAGUCUAUGAUGCAAGUAAUGGAAAAGGCGUUAUGAGAUUGACCAGCAUGACAGCAGCAGUGUGUGAUAUCGACGUGUCGUCCACUGGGAAAUUUAUUGCAUCUGCAAACUAUGGUGGCAUUGAUGGUCAAAUGGGUGAUGGAUACAUUCAUAUUCAUGAUAUACGUGCUCCUCAAGUGGCAAUAUUGGCAAAAACAGGCCAUACGGAUGUAAACGUGGUUCGAAUGAGUCCAUGUGAACGCUAUGUAGCAUCUGGAAGCCCUGAUAAUGAAACAGCAAUUUUGGAUAUACGAAAACCAGAUGAGCCCGUCUUUCGAUUAAGGCAUCAACGGCGAGCUGAUAGUGGUCGAUUGGAAGCACCCAAUUCGGACAUGGGCAUUGCUGGUAUCUAUUGGAUGUCCAACACACGUCAACUAUUGACAGGAGGAGGAGACGCAUCAGUGAAGCUUUGGGAUAUCUGGGGAAAUGGGGAAAUGGUUCGCUCGUAUGAAACCUCAAGUAAUGUCACAAGUCUUGCGGUGGAUGAAGAUAGUAUGGUGGUUUGUGCUGGCGUGGCAGGAUCCCAAGGCUAUGUACACAUGUUUACUGGGGCCCCAUUAUAG